GGAACCCUGGGUGCUAACAGGCAGAGAAGUACACAGUAGUAGGAGUUCCAUGUGACAUUGUAAGAGUGAUCAGCCCGCUAUGCUGCCCUGCAGAUUGGUCAUUGUUGGUCUUUUGUACUGCUGCAUCAAACCAGGUGUCGCACGACAUGGGACUAAAGCCCUAUUCCCAGCUGCAAGUAGAAUAAAACGAGGGGUGGCAAAUUUGGUGAACCCCACCUUCCACAAAUCCUUUGAUGAUGUUCAUCUGUUAUUUGAGAUCCUGCUGGCUGGCAUACACUUUGAGGGCAGUGGAGAGAUUUCAGUCCAAGAUGCUGAGCUGGCUUCCCUCCGCAAGACAAAAAACCUGGAAGUCAUCUGUGAGGAGAUCAUUCCCAGGAAGCUAACAGACAUAUUUAGGCUCAUCUCUGACCUUUCAGAUCAUAUUGGUCACCUUCAUCAGGACGAUUUUGAACGCAUCCUGUUGACCUUGGUAUACACUACCCAGCAGAUGGUCAAUUCAACUACUGAACACCAACGGUCUGUGUGGGAAGAGUCUUUUGUUAGUUUGUACAAAGCCAUCAAGCAGGAUCUGACAGGGACAACUUAAACCGAUAUUGGUGUUGAUACACAGUGGCCCCAUGUUUACUAUGCGCACAAGAAAAACCUUUUUUGAAAAAUAUCCUUUGAGUUCAGUGGCUAGUCCUGAUUUGUGCAUUGAGGAAGGUUUUGUACGCUGGCAUAUAUUGAUAUGAGAAGCCUGAGAGAAAAGUCCUGACACAAAUAGGUAAAGUGCAUGACCUGAUAAUGACACAACUAUUCAAAUAUUGACUGUCAUAGCAAAGUUCACUAUCAUCUAGUUGUGAUCACAUUAAAUCAAAGAAAACAAAUAAAACAA